CUACGUUAUGAGUAACGAUAGUGAUGCCUUGGCGUACGGUGCUGGAAAGAUGUUGAAGAACUUUGCUAGGCACCGAGAAGAUAAGCCUGCAAGCACUGCUGGCACGCAGUAUUUCAAGAAGACCCAAGAUUGGUGGGUUACUCCAAUACAUAUGGAGACCGUUGAACGAGUGAAAGGCUAUGAUUCAAAGAGGUUGAGAUUGUUGUCGAUACUUUGCGGAGGAGAUUACAACACUGGUGUCUCUAAACUAGGUCCCCAGAAGGCCUCACAACUGGUGUUGUGUGGUACCACCUUGGUGACUCGGCACUCAUCCGAGUUCCCUUAUGAUACACUUCCAGACUUUGCACAGUCUCUUGAUGAGGUGUAUAGACCAACAUCAACUUUGCCAAAGAAUGAAAAGCUAACCAAAUACAUUGCCUUACAGGACAGUAUGUUUGCCUUGGUUAAGAGCCAUCCUGCUCCACUCUUUGGUCGGAACGAACAGCAUCUCACAGUUGGCGUUGAUAAAUUUGCUGGAUGGCCACCAGACUUUGUUGUCUCCUUAUACUACCGUCCUCUGGUGCAUCCAGAUCUGUUUACAUUCGAAGAUGGUGUUACGAACAACGGUGAGUGUACUGAUCCAGAUGCCAUAUUCUCGCUCCCUAAAUUCAAAGAGCUGUAUAAGUUAUUGGGAAGCUACCCACAUGACAACAUCUCAGACAUUGCCAAAUGGUACUAUAACAGUAUGACGGAAAGCUAUUUGCUCAAAUACCUAAUAUGUUUCAUGAAGGGACAGUGGAGGGAUGAUUCUACUCUUUCCUUUAAGAAGGUCAGGGAAGCAUCCUAUGGACCAAAUGAGAGUCACUCCUUAUUCGUACUCAGUGUCAAAUUGUUGAGACAUGGCUUACAUUUCUUCAAGAUGGAUGGUUUGUAUAUAGAUGUUGAUCAUGCUGCACCGACAUAUGCUAUUAUUGUUGAUUUAUUACCACACGAUCUGGCCAAUGAUCUUUAUCGACUGGAGACUGACAGGGCAAAUGAAGUUGAGCUUCGAAGAAGUCCCAAGAGAUCUCAUCCAUCGCCUGUUAAGGUUAACCCCUCAAGGAAUUUGAAAAGAUCUCAUUCUGAAUUAUCCUCUGGGAAUCUAACAAAGAAGCCAGAUUUGAAACACACAUCGACAGAUAUUCGUGCUAUAUUGGGAGGAAGUAUCUCACCCUCUAGGCGAGGGAAGUUUCGAAUGCCCAUAUUUGGGCAAGGUCCUUCUUCUUCUAAGAACAGAUCAACAGUUUCGAGUUCACCAAGAAAGAGGACCAGAACAUUGCCUGGCGUUCUUUCUCAAGUGACAACAACAAGGUCACCCAUAGAAGAUAAUGACAUCAUAGAGAUUUCCUCCAGCACGCCCUCUCCACAACGAACUCUCCAGGAACUCAAGAAACGAGAUGUCAUCCCGGCCGUUGAAUCCUCUUCUACUGAAGUGUUUGAGCCAGCAAAACAAGCUCACAUGAGCAAAGUGACUGAGGCGUUGAUUACAGAAUCAGAACUGAACCAGAGUGUUAUAACCAUAUCAGAACACUCGAUCGAAGCCAUCACUGAUGACUCAUCGCUGAUUGAGCUGAGCCACCUCUGACGGAAUACUUCUUAUCA